AUUAAGCAUGUAAAAAUUUGAUUUAAUAAACAAUAAAUUUUGAAGUAAUAAUAUACUGUUUUAUCCACUAUACUGUAGUACCCGUACCACUGGACAAUCUUAUGCCGUUUAAGUAUAAAAUAUAUGUAUGACACGAUUGUCAUUUUACGUUGUUGUACAAGAAUCCAAAAAUUCGUUUAAAAUGGAGAAUGAAGUUCGAUUAACAGUGCUGGUUACUGGAUUCGGACCAUUUGGAUCUCAUAAAAUUAAUGCAAGUUGGGAGGCAGUGAAACAACUUCCAGAAUUAUUCAAAACUCUGGGAGAUUCGAUGAAGAUUAACUUAAUUGUCGAAGAAAUACCUGUUGCAUACAAACAAGUGUCGUUUAAAGUGAAGGAAUUAUGGGAAAAAUACAAGCCUUCUAUAAUAAUGCAUGUAGGUGUGUCGAGGCUCGCUACAUGCUUAGUGAUCGAACGUCAAGCAAAUAACAAUGGCUAUAUCAAAUCAGAUAUUUUUAAUAAUUGCCCAGAGGAAGAAGAUAUUGAUUCUCAGAUAUUAAAAACUACUUGUGACGUGAAAAAAAUAUGCGAGGCUGUUAAUAGAAAAUCGGAUGAAAUAAAUUGCAAAGCCAGUAUUUCCGACGACGCAGGAAGAUAUUUGUGUGAAUAUAUUUAUUAUCAAUCGUUAAGCAUAGGGGAGCCUCAAGUUUUAUUUGUUCACGUUCCUGAUUUACAUAUAUAUCCGAGUUCAAAAACUGCUCAAGGAAUUUUAGAAAUUCUCCUUUUUUUAAGCAAAACUGCAAUUGAAUUGAAAUAGAAUAAAAAAUAGACUGCAGUUAAGUAGUUUUUUUUAAAUUACUAUGUUCAA